AUGUCGCACUUCCUCAUCGCUGCCGCAUCCGCGGCUGUUGGUGCUGCCACUACCGCGGUCUUCUACAGCUCGAAGCAGAAAGAGACUCCAAGCACAACCGUCGCAACUACUACCACUACCGUAGCUUCACCAGGAACGACGACUACCCCUCCACCUCCAGCGCCGGUACCAGCGCCGUAUAAUGCGACCAAGGCGCCUGCGAUCCCUCCAGUCGACCCGGCAGGUCUCUUCCAAUAUGGCUUCCCCGGCCCAGUCGCAGACAUUCGAAGUGCGCCCUCCCUUACCUCCUCCUACAACCGAGCCACACGAAACCCCCACUGGGUAGCAGAACACAUCACGCCAGCAAGCUUGCUGAUGCAGAACGGAGACAGGAGACAUUCGGUAUUCACAGAGGACACAAGCAUCCCCGAGAAAUUUAGGGCAAAGCUGAAGGAUUACUUCCGCUCAGGCUAUGACCGCGGACACCAAGUCCCUGCUGCAGACGCAAAGUGGAGCCAAGUUGCGAUGGAUUCGACCUUUGCACUGUCAAACAUGUGUCCGCAAGUGGGAGAGGGCUUCAAUAGGGAUUACUGGGCACACUUUGAGGACUUUUGCCGGCGAUUGACAUCUUACUACCCGUCCGUACGAAUCGUUACUGGACCCCUAUAUCUUCCAAAGCGGGAAGCAGACGGCAAGUGGAGAGUGUCGUAUGAGGUGGUGGGACAUCCACCCAACGUUGCGGUGCCUACACAUUUCUACAAGAUCGUCUUCGCGGAGGAUGGCAAGCCGAACGGAAAAGUCAGCCUGGGUGCGUUCGUGCUGCCCAACGCUGUCAUUCCCAACGACAAGCCGCUCCAGGACUUCGAAGUGCCCGUGGAGGCUCUCGAGCGUGCUUCCGGGCUCGAGUUCGGAACUCUCCUGCCGCCAGCUCGAAGGAAGAAACUCUGCCAGGAGGUUGCCUGCAGUGUCAUCGUGAAGGAGUAUGCGGAGAGGCAAAAGGCGUUCAUGACUCCACCGCCAGCGCCCAAGGGACUGCCCGCUUCGAAGUAA